AAGCUACAAGCAUACACAAUCACAGUGUAAAAAUGUCGUCUCAGGUUUAGACUUUGUUAAACAUUUGCCAACAAUUUUCGUUUAUUUAGACAAUUUCAACGGAGGUGCAUUCGCUACCAAAAACUAAUUUCACAUUAGUUAUUGCGAAUUUCUCAUUUAACGGAAAUACACUGCGUGGAGAGAUGGCUGAUGAGAUGGAUCCUUGCGAAUGCCUGUGGAACCAUGAAUUGGCGAUGAGACGGCUCAUAUCACUGUUGCGCCAAGGGCAAGCAUACUGCACAGACAGCGAGUGCCUGGACCAGCUGCCAGGGCUGCCCCGACCCGAGUCCGCCGGCAACAGCUUCCUGAUGAUGUUCAUAGUGAUGGCGCUCGGAGUCGCCAUGUACGCGCUCCGUCCGCGCCGCAACCAGCUUCAGGACGCCGCCAAACCAACGCCCAAUUCCCAAGACCGCGACGGAGCACCGCCGACGCCGCCAAUAAAUUAGUUUUGACAGACAUAACUUUAAAAAAGUUUUAAAAACUAAUUCCAAUAUAUAUAAUACUAGCUGUGAAACCCGGCAAGUGUUGCAAUGCAAUGUAAUAUAUUAAAUAAAAUCAAUCAACGCAUAAUUAAAAACUAUUAUUGGAACCAGAGACACUGGCAUCCUCUGUUCUGCUGUUCAUCACAAUCUGAUCUAUGGUUUAGGAAUGUAUAGAGGACUAAUAUACAUUGAUUUUUAUUUAUAUAGCAGUAAGUAUGGUGAAACCCGAUCAUGUAAGUAUGAAUCUUGGUGAUAACUUGUCGGUAAGAUCAGUGUAGUGAUAGUAAAGCUGAUUAUAAAAUGACAACUAGUUGUUUAUUCACAACAUAGUUCUUUAUCAAAAUGUAUAGAAUCUAUCUCAAAUUAGUAUGUAUUGAUGUUAUUUAAAUAAAAUCUUAUAUCAGAUGAAUAAACUGAUGUUUUAACGAUAAAAUGGACACUUCUGUCACAAAUUAUAUAAAUAUCUUACAAAUUAUAAGUGUUAGUUCUUCAACCAUUCCAUAAUUGUUACAUGUUUUUCUUAUUGGGGUUUCUUUUUCCCAUGCUUUUUACAACUCGAAUCUCUCAUUAUUUUAUUAUCUUUUUAUUGUUUCUACCUUUCUUAUUUCCACAUUGGUGCUAUUAUUUAAUUGAAAUUAAAAUGUAUGUAUUUAUGAAUUGGUCAGAAAACCCAUUCAUAUUUUAAAAAAUAUUUAAUGAUCAAUACAUCUAUACAUCUCCACUAUCACUUUGUAAUUGGUACAAUUUUGCUUGCCUUAUUUUUAAUUACUUUAGUAAUUGGUAUUAUCAAAAAUUGGACAUGCCUACUUAGGUACUUUUCGUUCUGACAUCACUUGUGAUACUUAGGUUUAGUUGUUUUUUCUUUUCGGGUUGGGUUUAAAAGAUUUAUUUAUGCUUUCUUUCCACGCGAUGUAAUAUUGACAAACACCAUUCGAGAUUUGUAUUAAUUAUGUGCAAUUAAAUAAAUGUAUGUAAAUUAAU